GACUAUUGAAAGCCUUGGACGACUGUCAACUCUAAACGAACCUCGUCAUUCUCAUCUCACACGCGGUGACGCGGCCAAACAUCUAAAGGAAUUAUGAAUAUGGGCAAUCUUUGCACUAUAUACACAACAUUUAGUAUCCAGAAAUGUUUAAAGUUCUGCGGCUGGUGCUGUUGAAAACUCUGGAAGAUCUGCAUUCGGAGUACCCCAGAUCUUGGCGAUCAUCUCUACGUCCCAAACCCCUUUGCAUUCACAGUUACACCUGUUGUGGAUAGGACGACAACCUACCAAAUGCCCGAAAAGAAACACAUGUUUCUGCCCGGCUAAAAGCCGUUAGCCCAUCAGUUGUGGCUUUUUCACUCCUGAUAUUUUGGUGCUUAUCUUUGCCCUAGCCAAGAAGUGAUUAGGCCCAAUGGGACACCAUGCUGAUACCUCCGAUUGUUAAAGCCAAGGAUAAAAGCACAAUUAGCAGCAAACAACGUCGCAGCCAAGACAAAAACUAUUAGAAAAUCAUGCAGCUCGAUCAAUAGUCUAAUUCAGCCUUUCAGCUUUCGGAAGUCGCUGGGUGUCGCUCCGGAUCAUACGGUAAAUCGAUGUGAGGGCGUUUAUACGAUGUAGGAUGUCACCAACGGCUCGUCCAGAGUCUACUAUAUAAAGCACCAUAAGAGCCAGCUUUUGUGGUACCGCAUCCUCUCAAGCAACCUUACAAACAUCUACAUAACAACCAUAACAACCAUCACUAUGCGUUUCUCAACCGUCGUUGCCACCGCCCUCGCGGCCUUCUCCAAUGCCUCUCCUUGCCUUGCCGGUGCACCUGAGCCCGUCAUCUGCGGCGGCAACGGCUACGUCGGUGCCACCAAUACCCCAUGGUACAAGAAGUCCCAGGCCGAGGGCACCAUCGAGGGCUGCUUCAACUCCUGCACUGGCGGCUGCAAAGCCAUCAGCUUCGACACCCAGUACAAGACGUGCUACUUCUACACCGCCGAAGUCUCCAAGAUGCGCCUGUAUCAGGUGACCAACUCGCCCAUGACAUUCCACUACUUCGACCGAGCUUGCGUCGCGGACGCUGUUGGCAAGACCUGCGGAGCUACUGGCUACGUGGGGGCUACCAACACCCCCUGGUAUAAGAAGUCGCAGGCUGAGGGUAACAUGAAGAACUGCCUUGAUGCUUGCCGUGGUGGAUGCAAGGCUGUUAGCUUUGAUGUCAAGUACAAGACUUGCCACUUCUAUACUGCUGAGGUCUCGAGCAUGCAGCUUUACACUGUUUCUUCGCCCAUGAGCUUCUACUACUUCGAUCGAGCCUGUGGCUAUGAACCUACCGAGGUUGUCCCUGUCUAGGCUGGUCAUGUUACCGUUGAGACCUAGUCCAGUUUCCCUGAACCCUUGUCUUUCAUUCUAGUGUUGGGGACGUGUUCAAUAUAACGUUGGCGAGAGCUAUGAAGCCACGUGCUAUAAUACUGCCGCAAGUUAUGAUGAGAUAAGGGGUUUACGUUCACAGUAAAUUAUUCUUGAUAGCAAGCAGUUAGAUCGUUAUAUUAACUAAACCCACAACGAGAUAGCGAGAUAUUUAUGAAAAGGCUUUGAGACUUUACAAGCAGUACUCCGUAGAUGAUCAAUUAUAAUAGCUCAAGGUUGUUAUUAACUCAGAAUCUAUGUUUGUCAACCGG